UUCUCUCCUCUUUCCAGAAUUUGUUCCUGUCGAAGAGCGGCUCCUGGAUUUCCAGACCCUGUGCCGUGUUAGGAGUCUAAAGAAAUUCUCUACCUCUACGGAGAAACGCUGCCCGCUCCCUCAUUGAGCGCAAGCUCCCCAUUGCUAUGGAUACCGAAUCCACAUACUCUGGAUAUUCUUACUAUUCGAGUCAUUCGAAAAAAUCUCACAGACAAGGGGAGAGAAAUCGAGAGAGACACAAGUCACCCCGGAAUAAAGAUGGCAGAGGGUCAGAAAAAUCUGUCACCAUUCAGGCUCCCACCGGAGAGCCCCUGUUGGCAAAUGAUUCUACUCGAACGGAAGAAGUUCAGGAUGACAACUGGGGAGAGACCACCACGGCCAUCACAGGCACCUCAGAGCACAGCAUAUCACAGGAGGACAUUGCCAGGAUCAGCAAAGACAUGGAGGACAGCAUGGGGCUGGAUUGCAAGCGCUACCUGGGCCUCACUGUGGCCUCGGUCCUUGGACUGCUAGUGUUUCUCACCCCCAUUGCCUUCAUCCUGUUACCCCCCAUCCUGUGGAGAGAUGAGCUGGAGCCCUGUGGCACAAUUUGCGAGGGACUCUUCAUUUCCGUGGCGUUCAAACUCCUCAUCCUGCUCAUCGGGACCUGGGCACUCUUCUUCCGCAAGCAGAGAGCCGACGUGCCGCGGGUGCUUGUGUUCCGUGCCCUUCUGGUGGUCCUCAUCUUCUUUUUCGUGGUUUCCUAUUGGCUGUUUUACGGGGUCCGCAUUUUGGACUCUCGGGACCGAAAUUACCAGGGCAUUGUGCAGUACGCAGUGUCCCUUGUGGACGCCCUCCUCUUCAUCCAUUACCUGGCCAUCGUCCUGCUGGAGCUCAGGCAGCUGCAGCCCAUGUUCACGCUGCAGGUGGUCCGCUCCACCGACGGCGAGUCCCGGUUCUACAGCCUGGGACACCUGAGUAUCCAGCGAGCAGCCCUGGUGGUUCUGGAAAAUUACUAUAAAGAUUUCACCAUCUAUAACCCCAAUCUCCUAACAGCCUCCAAAUUCCGAGCAGCCAAGCACAUGGCCGGGCUGAAAGUCUACAAUGUGGAUGGCCCCAGUAACAAUGCCACUGGUCAGUCCCGGGCCAUGAUCGCUGCCGCCGCUCGGCGCAGAGACUCCAGCCACAACGAGUUGUAUUAUGAAGAGGCAGAGCACGAGCGGCGGGUGAAGAAGCGGAGAGCAAGGCUGGUGGUGGCUGUGGAGGAGGCCUUCAUCCACAUCCAGCGCCUCCAGGCCGAAGAGCAGCAGAAGGCCCCAGGGGAGGUGAUGGACCCCCGGGAGGCCGCCCAGGCCAUCUUCCCCUCCAUGGCCCGGGCGCUGCAGAAGUACCUGCGCACCACUCGGCAGCAGCACUACCACAGCAUGGAGAGCAUCCUGCAGCACCUGGCCUUCUGCAUCACCAACAGCAUGACCCCCAAGGCCUUUCUGGAACGUUACCUCAGCGCGGGCCCCACACUGCAGUAUGACAAGGAGCGCUGGCUCUCUACGCAGUGGAGGCUGGUCAGCGAGGAGGCUGUCACUAAUGGAUUACGGGAUGGAAUUGUCUUCGUCCUCAAGUGCUUGGACUUCAGCCUCGUGGUCAAUGUGAAGAAAAUCCCAUUCAUCGUCCUCUCAGAGGAGUUCAUAGACCCCAAAUCUCACAAAUUUGUCCUUCGCUUACAGUCCGAGACCUCCGUUUAAAAGUUUUAUAUUUGUGGCUUUAUUACAAAAGAAAAAAAAGAGUAUAUAUAUAGAGAGAGAUAUAUGUAUACCAGAGGGGCGUCUUUUUCUAUUCUUCUUCUUCAUCGCUGACUGAAACCAGCAGAUGAUAGACCAGUACCCUUCGACCAUCCGCACUUUAUUUGGAAGAGGCAGGGGGCGUCCGCCCUGGAGAACAGAGACUGAUGACAUUGACCUUUGUGGAUGGGACUCCUCACGAAGCUGCUUCUGUGACAGCUGUUAACCAAAGCAGAGCGGGUGGCUCGCCUCGCCUACGGCCAGGGCAGCUAGUCCCCCUUCUCAUCCAGGACCACGCCCUUCUGUCGCUUCUGGUCCACCCCCUGGGAGAGCUCUGGGGGUACCUCUUCACUCCGUUCGGGGAGACCAGACAUGACACGUCCGCCCGUGUGUUUGUGUGUGUCAACCUCCCACGGUCCGUUCCAGAAAUGCCUGCCUUCAUCUUUGUUCUUUGUUGCCUUAAGUUCCGCAGAGGGAGGUCACAACAGAAAAUGUGCACUGUCCGUUGACAUCUCUAAAUGAUCUUAGGUUGUUACCCCCCCUCCCCACCAAAGGGAAAACCUGCCUGCCCUUCCCUGGAGUGGAGCAGGUAGAUCUUUCCUGACCCCACGAUUGCCCACCCAUCUCACUCCUUCACCCGCCCCUGCACACACCACACACCGGCCAGGUGGGCAGAGCCUUCAGAGCCGCCGGGGACCUGGGUCUUCACUUGUGCUCGCAGGCUCCGGGCGCCGCCUCCAGUGGGCCCCAGGGAUUGUUUGCACAGGGAGGCAUAGAACGCCUACCGGCUAGAACACAGGGCGAGCAAGGCGGCUAGGCUGGCCCUGUUAGGCUGUGGCAGAGCCCUUCCCCUCCCGGUCCUCCUCCCCAUGGCUCGCAGGGACCACAGGGGUGACGGAUACUGGGACUCAGGGACUGGCAGGUGCAGCUCAAGCCUCUCAUUUCCCCAGGGAGAUAUCACCAAAGCUUCAGAGCAAGUUGCCCUGCCAAGGGAGACCAAGCAGUGCCCAGCGCAGUAGCAGCCACUCUUGUCCAGUCCCUGCUUCCUGACCACCAUCACUGUGCACCUAGUGACCUCUGCCACUUACUACCAGGGAAGGAGCUGCUUUGGCCCUGGUGCUGGGAUUCCUUGUAGUCCCUGGGAAAGUGGGGAGAGGGAUUGGGCAAGCGGCUAAGCUGAGGGAGAGGAAAGGGAGGGGAGCCAGUCUUAGGAUCCCGAGUGAUUCCUCUGUGACAGGUUUCUGAAGUGCAGCUGGUUUCACUGGGACCCCAGGCCAGGAGAAGCAGCUGUG